UUUCUUCGCUUUAUGGGUGAGAGAUAUCUGGAAGGAAUAAGCUUCCAGCUAUGGCAAACUCGGAGGCCGGAACGAAUAGUGAUGUUGCACGUCAAUCAGGAGGUGAGUAUCAAGUGUUUUUGAGUUUCAGAGGACCUGACACUCGAAAUGAAUUUACAGACUUCCUCUAUCACGGCUUGGAAGAUGUCGGGGUCCGCGUAUUCAGGGACGAAGAUGAACUCCGUGUCGGCGAAGUGAUUGGUGAAAACAUUCUACGUGCUAUCGACAACUCCAUCAUCUACAUACCCAUCUUCUCUCCGACUUAUGCUUCCAGUAAAUGGUGCCUCCGUGAGCUUGUGCACAUAAGACACAACUUGUCCCGGCCGGAGGGUCAAAAAAGCAUCUUUCCCAUUUUUUUUCACGUGGAACCUGAUGAUAUUAAGCUUAAGACUCAACGGUACAUUGAGGACUUUUUGAGGCAUGAGAAGGAGUCUCCAAAGGAAGUCGAGGCGUGGAGAGAGGCUCUUGUGAAGGUCGACGAAAUCAAGGGAUGGAAGGUGAAAAAGGACCAGAGCCAAGCAUCGAUUGUCAAAUUAGUUGUUGAAAAGGUUUUGGGGGAGCUGAGGAUAAAACAAAAAUCAGUGCCUGAACAUUUAAUUGGACUUGAUGAUCAGGUAGAAGACUUAACAGAGUUAUUAGAUGUCAACCAACUUGAUGUGCGGCUCAUUGGAAUUUACGGAAUGGGUGGUAUGGGUAAAACAACUAUAGCCAAGGUCGUCUUUAAUAAACUAUGUUCCUACUUUGGAAAGUGUUGUAGUUUCCUAGAGGAUGUUCGAGAAAGGUCGACCAAGGAGAGCAUAGUCCAGUUGCAGAAAAAAUUACUAUCUGACAUUGUUGGUUCCGGAUCUGUAGAAAAAGUUGAGGACAGUGAACAAGGAAUGAGGACCAUUGGAGAAGCACUUUGCAAUAAGAAGGUCCUUGUGGUUUUGGAUGAUGUUGAUAAUAAAGAGCACAUUAAGAAACUAAUAGGAAACUCCAAUUUACAUUUAGGAUCGAGGAUAAUCAUAACCACAAGAGACACAUCUAUUCUGAAAGUUGGGGGAUUUAAAGGUGAAAUUCAAGAGUAUGAGAUGAUAAAGAUGGAUGAUGCUCUUGCACUUCAGCUUUUUUGUUGGCAUGCUUUUGGUAGAGACUUUCCUUUGGAUGAUUAUCGUGGGCUUUCAAGUAAAAUUGUCUCACUUAUGGGAGGGCUUCCUUUGGCCAUUGAAGUGGUAGGUUCAUUACUUAAGGGGAAAGACGAAGAUUUUUGGAAAGAGACGCUAGAAAGGUUAAGUGAAGAACCUGAGGAAAAGAUUCUAGAGAAGUUGAAGAUUAGCUUUGAUGACCUAGAAGAUGGUCAAAAACAAAUUUUUCUCGAUAUAGCAUGCUUCCUUUUCAAUGAGAAGAAGACCGAUGCAACUUACAUGUGGGCCGAUAGUAAAUUUUAUCCCAAAAGAGGAAUUGAAGUCCUUACUAAGAGGUGCUUGAUAAAGGUAUUGGAUAAUGGUAGGUUCUGGAUGCACAAUCAACUAAUAGACCUGGGAAGGCAUAUUGUCCGUCAAGAAAGUCCAUUCAACCCUGGAAAGCGGAGUAGGUUGUGGGUUGCAGAAGAGGCCCUCGAAAUCAUAAGAACAAAAAAGUGGAAGGACAAGGUGCAAGCAAUUAAGAUUGACGGAGUGAAUGAAUCUAUAGAGAUUACAAAUGAAGAGUUUGAAAGGUUACAAAACCUAAGACUCCUCAACUUAGGCAAUGGAACUUAUGCUGCGGACUUUGCAAAGUGUUGUUCGAAGUUGAGAUGGAUCUCUUGGCAUUCUCCUAAUUGGGAUUUGAUGGGAGACAAUGUGUAUUCGAAUCAUCUUGUUGUUUUUAAACUUCACGAUACUGGCUUCAUGGAUAAUGCAAAAGCAUGGGACAUGAUCAAGAGGGCACGGAAUUUAAAAGUUUUAUCUCUUACUCAAUGCGGUGGCAUAACGAAAAUCCCAAACUUCUCUAAAAGCUCUGGUUUAGAGAGGUUGACUCUUGAACACUGCGACAAGCUAAAGAGAAUUGAAAGCUUCGUUGGAGAUAUAAAGUCCUUGAUUGAAUUAGAGAUCGAAUGGUGUGAGGGUCUUACAGAUUUGCCGGAAGAAGUGGGGGCACUAGUGAAGCUUAAGCGCUUGUCAUUGAGGGGAUGUUCUAGGUUAAGAGAACUUCCAUGCUCGCUUGGAAAUUUAACCUCAUUGAUAGAGUUAGACUUAUCAAAAACGGGCAUUGCCAAACUUCCAAAUUCCAUGAAAGGACUAUUGAAACUUGAGUCUUUUCUUUUGACAGACACGGCGAUGAUGGGAUUUCCCAAAUUCAUUGAAAAGUUAAGAUCAUUACGCGUAUUAGGUUUACCAAAAAAUGGAUCAUAUUCUCCGAGGCGUCAUGUUUGGCAGCUACCUAGUGGUAUCAACAUGUCGGAAAUUCUUGAAGAGCUAGAUCUCUCUGGGCCAGAUGAAAUGACAGAUGAAAUCCCUGUUGGAAUUGGAGAUUUGUCUUCUUUUAAAAUCCUAAAUUUAAAUAGCACCCAAAUUUGCGAAAUUCCAAGGAAUAUCGACAUGCUUCAUCACCUCCAAACACUAAACUUAAGAAAUUGUCAUGACAUUCAGGGAUCGUCGGAGCUUCCCACAAGGACAAUCAACAUACUUCAUCAACAUGCUGCAUCACCUCCAGAGUUGGUUUCUUUGUCUCGCCUUGACCUAAAAACCCUCGUGCAGCUUCCGUGUUCUCUGCUGAGAUUGGAAUUACUAUGCUCUAGCUUCAGGUGGGCAGAGUUACUUCCCUCCAGCUUGAUAUUGAGAAAUUUGAUGACUUUAGAGUUCUAUUAUGUUGAAGUGGAAGACAUUCCACUCGAUAGACUUCCGGGACUAGAGAGCUUAACUAUUGACGGUUGUGAACUGCUUCAGCAAUUAACCAUUUCUUCGGAGAACCUAAGGCAAGCGCAUGUGUCAUCUUGUCCAGAUCUAGUCGAUAUAUCUAUUUCUUUUUCGGAAAGUCUGGAGUCCUUCUUCGGUUUUGGGUGUGCAUCUCUGGAAACAAUGAAUUGGUUAGAUUGCAUGAGAAACCUGGAGAAAUUGGAAAUCCAACAGUGCGCUGAACUUACUGAUGUUUGUGGCCUAGAGCAUCUGGUGGCUCUGAAAUCCUUGAAGGUCAGAGCCUGCACGUCAUUGAGAAGGUGCAUCAAUCCAUCUUGCACAAAUAUACCAGAUGAUUGCCUGGUCGAAAUACAGGGGUGUGGAGACUUUUUCAAAGAUUCUACUCCGAGCGGUCCACCUGGAAUGCCUUUGUUGCGUUACAUAUUGGAGAUUCUUCUGGAUACAUCAAACAAGGAGGUUCAGGACGAGCUCUCAUGCGUCUCCCAUUUCCCCAACAUGGCGAAUCAAGCCCCGGUGGACGAAGAUGGCUCGUUUGGCGUCACUGGCAACGUGAAUAACCCAUUAAAGCGUCGAAGGAAGGAUGAGGAAGACAAAGAAGGAGACGGAGGAGGUGGAGGAGGAGAGCGAGCCUCGUGGGGUGACGGCAAUUGCGGCAGUGGUGGGUCGGUGGGAGAGAACUUGACAUCGCUCGUUUUGCCCGACGAGGAAGAGAAGCACAAGGGGGAGAACUUCUUCAUUGAGUCGCUGCAAGGCAAGGCCUCCCUGGAAUCGAACUCCCAUCAAGGGGUCCGAGCGAAGGGUGAUUACUACUGCCACAUUCAGGCGCUUUACGACGAUGCAAACGAAAUCGAGAUGAGUAAGAACAAGCGCGUCAGUCAGUCAGGCGCCACUACGACGGUAGCAGCCGCAGCAGCGGAGGGUGAAUCCCAUGCGCUGUUGCCGAGUGUGGGCCAGCAGGGGCGUCUGUGGGUGAAGGACCGUCCGAAGGAAUUGUGGGAGCGGUGCAACAGCCCGGAGUUCCCGGAGAAGGAGUUUUGGCGCAACUUCCGGAUGAGCAAGGCCACGUUUGACUUUAUCUGCAACGAGCUCGACGCAGCUGUCACAGAGAACUCGAUGCUGCGGGAAGCGAUCCCAGUGCGACAGCGUGUGGCAGUGUGUGUGUGGCGGCUCGCAACAGGGGAGCCGCUCCACCUCGUGUCGAACAAGUUCGGCCUCGGCAUGUCGACCUGCCACAAGCUCAUCCGUGAGGUCUGCUCCGCAAUUCGCAAAGUCCUCAUGCCUAAGUUCCUUCAGUGGCCUGAUGAGCACCGGCUUGCAGCAAUCAAGGAUGAGUUCGAGGCAGCAUCAGGCAUUCCGCUCGUGUGUGGGGCAAUGUACACGACCCAUGUGCCGAUCAUUGCCCCGAAGAUCAGCGUCGCCUCGUACCUGAAUCGGCAGCACACGGAGAGGAACAAGAAGACGACGUACUCGAUCACGGUUCAGGGCGUGGUCGACCCGCGGGGCGUGUUCUUGGAUGUGUGCAUCGGGUGGCCUGGGUCGAUGACCGACGACCAGGUCCUCGAGAAGUCGGCCCUGUACCAAAGGGCCGGCAGGGGGCUAUUGAAGGACGUGUGGGUCGUCGGGAACCCUGGUCACCCUCUAAUGGACUGGGUCCUCGUGCCCUACACGCACCAGAACAUCACGUGGACGCAGCACGGGUUCAACCAGAAGCUCGCGGAGGUCCAGGGCGUGGCACGGGAGGCCUUUGCACGGCUCAAGGGGCGGUGGGCAUGCCUGCAGAAGCCGACGGAGGUGAAGCUGCAGGACCUGCCUGUCGUGCUCGGGGCGUGCUGCGUGUUGCACAACAUUUGCGAGGCGAGGAACGAGGCGAUGGACUCGGCACUGAGAUUUGAGAUCUUCGAUGAUGAGAUGGUGCCCAAGAACCCGAUCCGGUCAGCCAACGCCGCGCACGCGCGGGAUCAGAUUGCUUACAAUUUGUAGGAUUGGAGUGUGGCUAAUUAAGUAGUUUGUUCUUUGCUCCAUAGAUAUUUGAUUCUGAUUGAUGAUCUUUAUUAUUAUUUUGGAUGUGUGGCAUGGAUUUAAUUCAGGCUUGGUACUUCGAUAGUUUCUAACAUACGGAAUUCAUUGAUGGAUACACGUUUCUGGAUGGUAAGAGGAAAAUGGUACUUCGAUAGUUUUUAAUAGUUGACUCAAUCCAUUGCUAGCUGUUCCAAUUCACACCAGAAUCAAAUAUUAUCUCUAGCUCGCACCAAAAUCGGAGCACAAUCAGAAUGUCCUCAUGAUUAGCAAUCUGAGAUUGAUAACGUUAUCUUCAGCUCGCACUAGAAUCAGAGCACAAUCAGAAUAUUUGCAUGAUAAGCAAUUCAAGAUUGAUUCAAAUGUUAUCUUUACCGGUGAUUACCAAUUAUGAUGUUAAUAUUUAUUUAUUGAG